GAGCAGCUCGAGCGGUGCCGCAGCGGCGGGCGCGAGGGUGGAGGCGGAGAGGCUCUCGCGGUGUACAAGGACCUGUGCAACAGGGACGCUGUUUACACUUGGAACGUGCUGAUAGAGCGCAUCAAUCAAGCUGCACACUGGCGCGAAGAGUUCAGGGAGCUGCGGGACGCCGACGAGACGGACAGCGAGGGUAGCGACCUGGACAUGGGCGCCGAGCCGCCAGACAUCCAGGAGAUGGGUUGUCCCCUCAACGCGACGCAGAGAACUCUCGUCGUGUGCAUUCUUCCAAAAGCUUGGAUCGAAUAUAGACACACGGCAGAGCCAUAA